CGUGACUCGUUGGUCUGAUUCCCGCCGGAAACCGAGGAUCAACUUCCUCUUUCCUUCCUGUUUUUGUUUCUGAUGGAAACAACGGGACAAAACUUCAUUCAGGAUUCCUCCAGUCCAAACGGGAUCGGAUCCAGAUCCUGGAAUCGGAUCCAGUCCAGGAACGGCCGGGUUCUGCUCCAGACCGGGGAAAGUGUGUCCAGGUCUGAUUCCUGGCUCGUUCAGUGACAAAAUGGUGGGAAUCUUCUGUUUCCUGCUUUUUGUGUUGGAUGAUGUCACGGCUCUGCUGCGGUGCGUUCAGGGGCAGCGGGAAGUUCCCCACAUUCCCACUGCGUCCUGGACUGGUUCAGAAGCCGGAAGGUUCUGUCCAAGCUGUCAUGAAUAUGGUUCUGUUAGAGAACAGAAGUUCGGUUGGUCUGGUUCAGAACCGUCCCGCACUCAGUGGGAUCUGACUCCGGUCUAACUCCAGAGAUCCGGUUCCAGAGUUCUCAAACACCUGGAUCUCCAUUUGGGACCGAACAGAACCAGAACCUUUAUUGUUCAUGGUUCUGGACGGUUCUGGGUUAGUUUAGGGACCAGAACCACAACUUUUCCACCAGACGGUUCUGGACCAGAACCCAAAGUUAAACAUUUCUGCUGCAUCACCAUGGAGACGUGAAGUCCUCUCUUCUGAUUACCGUGGUAACCAAGGACAGGUGGUGCUGCAGCUUCAGUGGCUGCUGUUUGGGUCGUUCUGAGGUUCUGAUCGGGUUCUGGAAUCAAUGGGUCUCCAACCGGCUGAUCCAGAACUCCACCUUCUGGUCGGAUGUUCAGAACCGGAACCAGAACCUUCAGACCCAAAGAGUCUGAGGCAUGUCCUCGUAGUCACCAGCUGGUUCUGACAGGUCCAGUUCUCAUAUGUGUGGUUCUGGUAGGCCCCGUUAGAGCUCAUCAGCGGUUCUGUUAAUCCCUUAAUUGCAGCUCCUUGACCCGGCGGCCAUUAGCGCACGAUUUAUCCUGGAUUAUCUGCUGGCUCCAUUAAAGUCGGGUCCAUCAGAACCAGCUGCUGUCGGACCUGAGCUGAACUUCCUUCAGAACAUUCCUGGUCUCUGGACCGAUGGGAAAUCAGCUGAUUUCCAGAACAACUGGAGUCUGGAUGGAGGGAAUCCGAUGGGAUUAACCUGAGCUCCAUCCGGACCUGCAGGUCCAGACAAUCGGACCGGACCGUCCGGGCCAUCCGAACCUGCAGCGCUCCGGUUUGAACCCAGCAGGAUGUUAUGCAGCAGGAAGUUUUUAUCUGCCUGGCAGUCAGAGCUCAGGGCAAAGUCCUGCACUCACCUGAUAAGGAGCUGGAAGCUGAUUGGUUCCCGUCCCUGAUAACAUCUGGACAGAGGCAAUCUGGGCCUCAGACGGGUCAGAUCAGAACCGGACAUCUGGGAGGAUUUGCAUCUUCAUCAUCAGUUCCCAGAAUGUGGAUUUUUCGGGAUGUACGAUAAAAUCCUGCUGUUCCGCCACGAUCCGACGUCCAGCAACAUCCUGCAGCGCCUGGCGACCGCCGACGAGAUCCAGGAGGGCGACCUGGUGGAGGCCGUGCUGUCAGCGCUCGCCAAGCAGGAAGACUUCCAGAUUCGGCCGCACACGCUCUACGUUCACUCCUACAAGGCGCCGGCGUUCUGCGACGACUGCGGAGAGAUGCUGUGGGGCCUGGUGAGGCAGGGCCUCAAGUGUGAAGGAUGCGGCCUGAACUACCACAAGCGCUGCGCCUUUAAGAUCCCCAACAACUGCAGCGGCAGGAAGAGACGGCUGUCCAACGUCUCUCUGCCGGGUCCAAACCUGUCUGUGGCCCGACCGCCUUCCACCGAGCUGCCCCCGAUGCCGCUGGAGGAGCGCCCCCUGCUGGGAGCCGGGAAGCGUAACUCCCUGCUGAGCGGCCGUCCCAUCUGGAUGGAGAAGAUGGUGCUGGGUCGGGUUAAAGUCCCCCACACCUUCUCCAUCCACACCUACACCCGGCCCACCAUCUGCCAGUACUGCAAGCGGCUGCUGAAGGGGCUCUUCAGACAGGGCCUGCAGUGCAAAGAUUGUAAGUUCAACUGCCACAAGCGAUGCGCUGCCAAAGUUCCUCGGGACUGUCUGGGCGAGGUAGACUUCAACGGAGAGCCGCUCAGCCCCAGUCUGGACCCCGAGGCCUCCAUGGAGGUGGAGGCCUGCGACCUGAACUGCGAUGGAGGUCAGAGUCUGGACGAGCAGGACGAGCCGUCCACGCCCGAGGACAAACUCUUCUUCAUGGACGGUUCCCUGGGAGACGCAGAGAAAGACGACGAGACGGCCAGAGCCAUCAGCCCGUCGACCAGCAGCAACAUCCCUCUGAUGAGAGUGGUGCAGUCGGUGAAACACACCAAGAGGAGGAGCUCUGCCGCCGUCAAGGAGGGCUGGAUGGUCCACUACAGCAGCCGGGACAACCUGAGGAAGAGGCACUACUGGAGGCUGGACACCAAGAGCCUGACUCUGUUCCAGAAUGACAGCGGAGCCAAGUUCUACAAGGAAAUCCCUCUGUCCGAGAUCCUGCGGGUGGAGGCGGCCCAGGACUUCGGCCAUCUUGCCCAGGGCGGCAGCCCGCACUGCUUCGAGGUCAUCACCGCCUCCACUGUCUACUACGUUGGAGAGGACGCGGGCGGACCGCCCCACGGCCCGGCGCCGGCUGCUUCCGGAGUGGGCCGGGCCGUGGGGCGCAGCUGGGAGAAGGCCGUCAGGCAGGCGCUGAUGCCCGUCACCCCCAAGGCCAGCGGCGGCGCCGGGCCGAGCAAGGACCACAAGGAACUCUCCAUCAGCAUAUCCGUGUCCAACUCCCAGAUACAGGAGAACGUGGACAUCAGCUCGGUGUACCAGAUCUUUGCCGACGAGGUUCUUGGCUCGGGACAGUUUGGGAUCGUUUACGGAGGGAAACACAGGAAGACGGGCCGAGACGUGGCGAUCAAGAUCAUCGAUAAGAUGCGGUUCCCCACCAAGCAGGAGAGCCAGCUGAGGAACGAGGUGGCCAUCCUGCAGAACCUCCACCACCCUGGCAUUGUCAACCUGGACUGCAUGUUUGAGACACCUGAGCAGGUGUUUGUUGUCAUGGAGAAGCUCCAUGGAGACAUGCUGGAGAUGAUCUUAUGCAGCGACAAGAGCCGGCUGCCAGAACGCCUCACCAAGUUCCUGGUGACGCAGAUCCUGGUGGCUCUCAGGCAUCUCCACUUCAAGAACAUCGUCCACUGUGACCUGAAGCCCGAGAACGUCCUGCUGGCCUCGGCCGAGCCGUUUCCUCAGGUGAAGCUCUGCGACUUCGGCUUCGCCCGGAUCAUCGGGGAGAAGUCGUUCCGGCGCUCGGUGGUUGGAACGCCGGCCUACCUGGCGCCGGAGGUUCUGCGCAGUAAAGGCUACAACCGGUCGCUGGACAUGUGGUCGGUGGGCGUGAUCGUCUACGUCAGCCUGAGCGGGACGUUCCCCUUCAACGAGGACGAGGACAUCAACGACCAGAUCCAGAACGCCGCCUUCAUGUACCCGCCCAACCCCUGGAAGGAGAUCUCAGACGAAGCCAAAGACCUGAUCAACAACCUGCUGCAGGUGAAGAUGAGGAAGCGCUUCAGUGUGGACAAGUCGCUGAGCCACCCCUGGCUGCAGGACUACCAGACGUGGUUGGACCUGCGGGAGUUCGAGACGCGGCGCGGCGAGCGCUACAUCACCCAUGAGAGCGACGACGCCCGCUGGGAGGAGUACGCCGACGAGCGCGGGCUGCACUACCCCACCCACUUCAUCAUGUCUCCCAACCUGGACGACAUGGACGAGGACCCUUAG